AUGUUGGUGGGCUUUGUACCUGACUGGAUGAGGGGCAAGGCAGAAGUCAAUCAAGAGAGGAUCCAGCAGCUUCUGGAGGAGAAUGACCAGCUGACCUGCUGUAUCGUGGAUUAUCAGAACAAGUGUGUCCAGUACCAGCACGUGUUACAUAGAAACCUCAUUUAUUUCGCUACCAUCACAGGUGCCAGCCCAUUCAGUUCUUCAAAAGCCAUGGAAUGA